AUGGAUAUGGAUGAACAACAAUCGAGAGUAACAAAUGAGAUUGUUAAACUCAUACUUAAUUCGAAAUCAUCAGCAUCAGCGUCAACGACUAUAAAUCCAAUCGAAGUUGAAAUUCAAAUGCCUGUUCAGUUACACAAAGUGUAUAUGUACGAAGCAGAAACUCAAACAACAUCGAAUGAAAUUUCAGAUUGUUUGAGUAAAGAAGCAGGUGACGAAGCUCGUUUAACUGGUUCAAAUAAAUACGCUCUAUUAUCAUUGGAUGAAUAUCAAAUAAUGCGUACAGGUGAAGAACAUUGUUUAAAAAAAUACUUUUCCGAUGAUGAUCUCAGUCAAUCGAACGACGAAGAAGAAAUAGAUAUUGCCAAACAAAUGAAACAAAUAACAUUCGAUGAGAACAAAGAUAGAACAGUUGGAAUGGAAAAUUUCAAUAAUAAUGCUUCAACUGUUCUACACACAUCACCUUCCGAACUUUCUAAUACGUUCUUGUUGGAUGACACAACACACCUGUCUGCAACUUUAGCUCAAUCAACAUCGUCACAAAUUUCACACAGUCGUUUUUUGCCAACUUGCAAAGAGAAAUCUGAUGAGAAACUAAAAAUACGUUCUUCUUCGAAAUCCAAAAGAAAGAUCUCAUCUAUUCGAUUGUUUGUUCGUCAAGCGAUCGAUUCUUGUCGGGAAAAUUUAUCUCUAGUUAAUCACUUACUUGAACAUAUUCCAUCCACAUCAUUCAAUGACCUUGAACAUGGCAAACUCUAUCAAAAAUCGAACUGUACUCUUAAUCUCUCGAAUUCAAUCAAAGGACUUCGAUUUUAUCCAUCGUCUAGUGUUCAAACUGAAUAA